AUGGUGGCUGGGGACCUCGCCCCAAAGACGAUUGUCAUCUUUGGCAUCACCGGUACCCAGGGUUCAUCGGUAGCAAGAUCUUUCGUAAGUCAGUCUGGGUGGACAAUGCACGGUGUCACCAGAAAGCCGUCCAGUCCGGCUGCUGUACAAUGGGAGAUGCCAGGUAUCGAAAUCGCGUACGGCGACUUGGACGAUGCAGAGUCUUUGUGCAAAGCACUGCGAGGCGCGAACAUUGUCUUCGGUGUAACAGACUUCUGGCAGCAUCUUAAGGAUCCUAAAGCGCUCAUCGACGCGGUGGCCGCAACGCUUCCGGAUCUCGAGCGCUUCAUAAUUUCGACCCUCUCAUCGGCCAGAGAUGCUAGCGAAGGUGCGAUCGACUUCAAUCUCCACUUCGAUUCGAAAGCUGAGAUGUUGAAGCAUCUAAAGAAAAGGUACCCAGAGUUGUGGGCGAAGACGAGUCUCUUAACCUUGGGCUGCUAUGCUGGCAACUGGAAGCUGUACAAAGAUGGCGCUGGUCGGCCAGGAAAGAUUGACGAUGGGGUAUACAAGAUAUACCUGCCAAGGGACGGAGACACGCCACUGCCGUUCGUAGAGCCCAAUGCUGAUACUGACCCGUUCGUCAAGGCGCUCUUGAAUCUACUAUCGGGUACCAACCUGGUGGAAGCUGGCUCACCCAUAUCUUGGGCUGAGUGGUGCAACAUCUGGGGUCGGGUGAACGACGUCAAGUGCACGUUCGAAAGGCAGGAUCUUUUCGAGGAGCACAGCUAUUGUGGAGUCGAUGGGAAGAAUGUCGUCUACCCUUGGGAUCUCUCCUUCAAGGUCAAGUACACCACGAUGGAGGAGUACAUUCAGUCGCAGGACUGGGACAGUGUGCUGUGUCCAGAAGGAGGUAUUGUGGAAGCUCCAUAG